CCGCUGGUUACGCAUGUUGUUGUCACUGAAUCUGCUAGCAAACUUUUGAUAUCAAUUCUGAAUCUGAACUAAUAUUAGAGCGUCGCUUUUUGUGUCGUUUGUGCUGUUGGUUAGACGUUCCGAGAGGAAGAUAAGCACAGCAGACUGUAAAUGGGAAUAAAGAAAUAAAAGGAACUUUGUUAGCCUUCCUGAAGCGGUUUGGUCCCCCCCCCCAAACAUUUGUGUGCAUCUUUUUAGGGUUAUUUAGAAGACGUGUUGCGUGGUUUACUGUUACAUGAACCUUUCUUACCUUAGUCCAAAAAAAAAAGCCUGCGUUUGUCACAAAAAAUAAGUUUGUCGCUGCUGUGACGUUUAUUUGGGGCCAAACGAAGGGCUUCGUCCUAAAGCCUUAUAUGGACUUCCGUCGAUAGACAGUUUGCGCUUAUUGGUCCUCGGGGUCCUAAAGCCCUCUCAGUUCAGCGGCGCCUGCAGUCCUAUUUCCCCCCCAAUUUCAGUGCGAUAUCGCGAUGUUUCCGGCAACAACCGAUCGCGUCAUAAGCCUCCCCACGAACACGCGCUGUCGGAUCCUCUGCUUCGUGACCGAGUGUGCACAAGUGGCAGUGGGAGUGACUGAGAGCGUCGCAGAUUGGACUUUUUGACAAGGUUGGAGACGUGUGAUCAUGGAGCCCCUUCUGCCUGCAGGCGUCGACACGGCUGCCGAGGACAGCGAUGCGAAGAGGAAGAUCCAGUUCUCGGUGCCUUCGGCGGUACCCAUACAGCUGGACCCCCGGCAAGUGGAACUGAUCCGACGUCGGCGGCCCACGCCCGCCACCCUCUUCCGACUGACGGACCCGCCUUCGCCGGAAGACGACGGCGGCUCUCACCAGUGGGUUGCGGGAGGAAACGGAGUCCUGAGAGCCAAAACGCUCAACAGCGCGUCGAGCGCCUAUCAGCCGCCCUCGCUCAAAGCCGUGCAGAGAAUGGCCCAAGCGCACCUAUCUUCCAUAGACUUGAGCUCCGUGGACCAGGACGAGCCGCCGUCCGGAGAGGAAGAGGACGACGACAAGAGCCCGCGGUCAGAUUCAGGGUCGUGGGAGAAUCUCCAAAGAGUAAAACAGCAUAAGCGUGAUGAUGGCGGAACGCGAAACAAAGCGCAGCGGGAUCGGUCGCUUUCGCCGGACGCGCCGCGAGCGACAGAGGAGGCCACCGAUGGCGACGGAGGAGAACGACGGAAAAUCACUUUUGCGUAAAAAGCACGGACGGGAGGUUUGUUUGUAAAUGUCAUGUAAAUAAAUACAGUGUGCGAGAACAUCCAACUGGGCGCCGCAAGGUGGUGCUAAAGGCAACAUAGUUAUAUAUUCCUACAUCGUGUGUUGUACAUUUGUGUACAAUACAAGUGAUGGUCUGUCUGGUGGGCUUUGAAUGUGUAUACUGUAUAAUAAUAUUCUACACAUGCUUUGUGUUGGUUGCUCACGAAACCUCCGAAACGGCUUUUGAAGUGUAUCAUGUAGUGAGUGUCUUUAUGAAAAGACAGGCAAAAGAUUGACUUAUUUCAUUGAUGUACUAAUAAAUGAAGAGCUAAUUCAUUCUUUUAAUAGUAGCUUUAUUAUUGGUGUUUAAAUCCAAUAAAGACAGAAGGGAUGACGUGCGACGCAUACAUAAAACUUAGUCAAAUUUUCAAUAUACUUUCAUUCAUCCAAUUUUGAUGACUCUUUUGUUAUAAUUCCCACAGCUCAGUUUUGAAAUUCAUUCAAUUAUAGUUUUGUUUUAUAGUUUAUAUUUUUCAUAUAUGGAUAUCUGUUUAUGUAUGUCAAUUUUUAAAUACAUUCAACGAUAAUGUUU